AUGGGGAUACCCACCAGGAGGAAGUCACACCUGCUGCUGCUGGUCGCUGUGGUCCUUGUCUCCUCUCCAGCUCAGAGUUCAGCCCGGGGAUCCCCGGCCACCUUUGGGCCAGUCUUUGAAGAUCAGCCCCUCGGUCUGCUAUUCCCAGAGGAGUCCACGGAGGAGAAGGUGACGCUGGCGUGCCGGGCCCGGGCCAGCCCUCCUGCCACCUAUAGGUGGAAGAUGAACGGCACCGAGAUGAAGCUGGAGCCAGACUCCCGCCACCAGCUGGUGGGGGGUAACCUGGUCAUCAUGAACCCCACCAAGGCCCAGGACGCCGGCGUCUACCAGUGCCUAGCCUCCAACGCAGUGGGCACCGUCGUCAGCAGGGAGGCUGUUCUCCGCUUCGGCUUUCUGCAGGAGUUCUCGAAGGAGGAGCGAGACCCGGUGAAAACCCACGAAGGCUGGGGGGUGAUGCUGCCCUGUAACCCGCCCGCGCACUACCCAGGCCUGUCCUACCGCUGGCUCCUCAAUGAGUUCCCCAACUUCAUCCCGACGGACGGGCGUCACUUCGUGUCCCAGACCACGGGGAACCUGUACAUCGCCCGGACCAAUGCCUCAGACCUGGGCAACUACUCCUGCCUGGCCACCAGCCACAUGGACUUCUCCACCAAGAGCGUCUUCAGCAAGUUCGCUCAGCUCAACCUGGCUGCUGAAGAUACCAGGCUCUUCGCACCCAGCAUCAAGGCUCGGUUCCCAGCAGAGACCUAUGCGCUGGUAGGGCAGCAGGUCACCCUGGAGUGCUUCGCCUUCGGGAACCCCGUCCCCCAGAUCAAGUGGCGCAAAGUGGACGGCUCCUUGUCCCCCCAGUGGGCCACCGCUGAGCCCACCCUGCAGAUCCCCAGCGUCAGCUUCGAGGACGAAGGCACCUAUGAGUGUGAGGCGGAGAACUCCAAGGGCCGCGACACCGUCCAGGGCCGCAUCAUCGUGCAGGCUCAGCCCGAGUGGCUGAAGGUGAUCUCAGACAUGGAGGCUGACAUCGGUUCCAACUUGCGUUGGGGCUGUGCAGCGGCCGGCAAACCCCGGCCCACGGUGCGCUGGCUGCGGAACGGGGAGCCUCUGGCCUCCCAGUCCCGUGUCGAGGUGCUGGCUGGGGACCUGCGCUUCUCCAAGCUGAGCCUGGAGGACUCGGGCAUGUACCAGUGUGUGGCGGAGAACAAGCACGGCACCAUCUAUGCCAGUGCCGAGCUGGCUGUGCAAGCCCUGGCCCCCGACUUCAGGCUGAACCCUGUAAAGCGUCUGAUCCCUGCAGCCCGCGGGGGAGAGAUUGCUAUCCCCUGUCAGCCCCGGGCGGCUCCGAAGGCCGUGGUACUCUGGAGCAAAGGCACUGAGAUUUUGGUCAACAGCAGCAGAGUGACUGUAACUCCGGAAGGCACCUUGAUCAUAAGAAACAUCAGUCGGUCAGAUGAAGGCAAAUACACCUGCUUUGCUGAGAACUUCAUGGGGAAAGCCAACAGCACGGGCAUCCUAUCUGUGCGAGAUGCAACCAAGAUCACUCUAGCCCCCUCGAGUGCGGACAUCAACUUGGGAGAUAGCCUGACCCUGCAAUGCCACGCCUCCCAUGACCCCACCAUGGAUCUCACCUUCAUCUGGACCCUGGAUGACUUCCCCAUAGACCUUGAUAAGCCUGGGGGUCACUACCGGAGAGCCAGCGCGAAGGAGACAGUUGGGGAUCUGACCAUCCUGAAUGCGCAGCUGCGUCACGGCGGGAAGUACACAUGCAUGGCCCAAACGGUGGUGGACAGUGCGUCCAAGGAGGCCACAGUCCUGGUCCGAGGUCCACCAGGUCCCCCAGGAGGCGUGGUGGUGAGGAACAUUGGCGACACCACCGUCCAGCUCAGCUGGAGCCGAGGUUUCGACAACCACAGCCCUAUUGCCAAGUACACCCUGCAAGCCCGCACUCCACCUACAGGGAAGUGGAAGCAGGUUCGCACCAAUCCCGCCAACAUCGAGGGCAACGCCGAGACCGCCCAGGUGCUGGGCCUCACGCCCUGGAUGGACUAUGAGUUCCGGGUCUUAGCCAGCAACAUCCUGGGCACCGGGGAGCCCAGUGGGCCCUCUAGCAAAAUCCGGACCAAGGAAGCAGCCCCCUCGGUGGCACCCUCAGGACUCAGCGGAGGGGGUGGAGCCCCCGGAGAGCUCAUCGUCAACUGGACGCCCAUGUCGCGGGAGUACCAGAACGGAGACGGCUUCGGCUACCUGCUGUCCUUCCGCAGGCAGGGCAGCGACCGCUGGCAAACCGCCCGGGUGCCCGGCGCCCACACCCAGCACUUCGUCUACAGCAACGACAGCGUCCGGCCCUACACGCCCUUCGAGGUCAAGAUCCGCAGCUACAACCGCCGCGGGGAAGGGCCCGAGAGCCUCCUGGCGCUGGUGUACUCCGCCGAGGAAGAGCCCAGGGUGGCCCCUACCAAGGUCUGGGCCAAGGGGGUCUCAUCUUCAGAGAUGAACGUGACCUGGGAACCAGUGCAGCAGGACAUGAAUGGCAUCCUCCUGGGGUAUGAGCUCCGCUACUGGAAGGCUGGCGACAAAGAAGCAGCCGCUGACCGAGUGAGGACAGCCGGGCUGGACACCAGUGCCCGAGUCACUGGCCUGCACCCCAACACCAAGUACCACGUGACCGUGCGGGCCUACAACCGGGCAGGCACUGGGCCCGCCAGCCCUUCUGCCGAUGCCACCACCAUGAAGCCCCCCCCACAGCGCCCUCCUGGCAACAUCUCCUGGACUUUCUCAAGCUCCAGUCUUAGUAUCAAGUGGGAUCCUGUGGUUCCUCUCCGUAAUGAGUCUGCAGUCACAGGCUAUAAGAUGCUGUACCAGAAUGACUUACACCCGACUCCCACGCUCCACCUCACCAGCAGGAACUGGAUAGACAUUGCCGUUCCGGAAGACGUCGGCCAUGCCCUGGUGCAGAUUCGGACCACAGGACCUGGAGGGGACGGGACCCCAGCAGAAGUCCACAUUGUGAGGAAUGGAGGCACAAGCAUGAUGGUGGAGAACUCUGCAAUCAGCCCGGCCCCACAUCCUGGCACCAUUCUCUCCUCAUUGGUGGCAAUGCUGGUCCUCGAAGGCUACCUGGAGCUCUGA